CUUACCUCUACCCUCCAUACGGCAGAGGUAGAGCCGGUGAUCAAUGAGCUGAUAAGCCAAAGAAAAAGAAGAAAUAAACAGUUUUUGUAAUUAUAAAUAUUCGUGUUUAAAAUUUCGAAUAUUUUUUGUUGAUCACAACGAAUAAAAUGUAAUAAUAGCUAUUAAAAUAAGUCUGUAAGCACAGCCAGCUGAAAAGAACAUUCUAUUGAUCUAUUUUCAUAAGAACCAUAAUGGAUCUGCAAACAUUUUGUCAGGAACUGCCCAAAUUGGAGCUACAUGCUCAUUUAAAUGGCUCAUUGAGUCGCUCCACAAUGACCUUCAUAAAACGAUUUCUAGCUCUUACUGGAAUGGCUGAUGAAUCUGAUGUUUUCUUAGAUGAAUUCCAAGUAGGUCCUAGUGAUACGAAGAACUUGUCCGACUGUUUUCAAGUUUUCGAUAUUGCACAUAAACUUACAAUUACAAAAGAGACACUGACUAUGGCCACUGCAUUAACACUUAGAGAGUUUGAGAGAGAUGGAUGCUGUUAUAUCGAAUUACGCAGCACUCCUCGACAAACAGCACAUUUGACUAUCAGUGAAUAUAUUGAAACUGUUGUUCAAAGUAUGAAGAGCGCUAGAGAGCGAGGACUUAUAUGCUGUUUCAUAAUAUCAAUAAACAGAAAUAGCUCUAAAGAAGAUGCAGAUGUAAUAGUGGAUCAUGCGAUUGAAUAUCACACUAAGUAUCCUGAUAUUGUAGUUGGCGUUGAGUUGAGUGGAAAUCCUGCUGUUGGAAUGUUCCAAGAUUUUGUCCCUGCAUUAGAUAAAGCAAGAAAAGCUGGAUUAAAAAUAACACUACACUGUGGAGAAAUAUGCAAUACACAAGAAGUAAUUGAAAUGAUAAAUUUUAAGCCAGAACGAAUUGGCCAUGGUAUUUAUAUACAUCCUAAAUUUGGUGGUAACGAUACAACAUGGGAUUUACUGCGCAACUCACGUAUACCUGUUGAAAUAUGUCUCACAAGUAAUGUGAACACAAAAUCAACGCCAGACUUUAACAGUCAUCACUUCAAGGAGUUUUAUAAUGCUAACAUUCCAGUUGUUUUAUGUACCGAUGACAAAGGAGUGUUUUCAACAUCGCUUUCCCAAGAGUACCAUAUAUGUGGUGAAACAUAUGGAAUUGAGCAAUCCAAACUUGCCAGACUUAGCCUCAAGGCCUGUAAUUACAUAUUUGCAGAAGAUGUAAGGAAGAUACUGACUGAGAAAAUACUUAAUUUUAUCAAUAAAAAUGAAUUGUAAUUCUGAAACUUA